UCAAUUUGAUUGGUCAAUUAUUAAACUCAGCUUGGUUUGUCAAUUAUUAGAACAUUUUAUUCAGUCAAUAAAUUCUCUUUUGCCUCAUUGUUAUCAGCACCAAACAAAGGAACAGAAUCAAAUCUCUUUCUCAGGGUUCUACAUAAAAAUGUUUGCCAAUGAAAAAAUCAUUGAAUGUGUUCCAAAUUUUUCAGAAGGUUCUGAUCAAAAAAUCAUUGGUGCCAUUUCCAAUGCCAUAACUGGCACUAAUGGCUGCUCUUUGCUUGACGUCGACAAUGGUCCAUCAGCAAACCGAACUGUCUACACGUUUGUUGGUUCCCCGGAUGCUGUAGUGGAAGGUGCCCUGAGAGCAUCCAGAGAAGCCUUCAAACUAAUUGAUCUGAGUCAACAACAUGGAGAACAUCCAAGAAUUGGUUCCCUGGAUGUGUGUCCAUUCAUUCCUGUACGUGGUGCCACCAUGGACGACUGUGUCAAAUGCUCAGAAGAAUUUGCUGAUAAAUUAUCAAAGGAAUUCAAUGUACCAGUUUAUCUUUAUGGUGCUUCUGCGAGGAAGCCUGACCGGACAUUACUGGCAAAUAUUAGGGCAGGAGAAUAUGAAGGCCUCCAGACCAAGUUGAAAGAUCCAGAAUGGAAACCAGACUAUGGUCCAGCAGCAUUUGUGGAACGAUGGGGUGCCACUGUGACUGGGGCACGCAAGUACCUGAUUGCAUUCAAUGUCAACCUGGUUAGUACAAAGGAACAAGCACACAGGAUUGCUCUGAUGGUGAGAGAACAAGGACGCAAGGACAGGCCUCAUAGUCUAAAGAAGCUGCAAGGAAUUGGAUGGUAUCUUCAGGAAAACAACUUGGCUCAAGUUUCCAUGAAUCUCUUGGAUUAUGAAGUAACUUCGUUGCAUACAGUUUUCGAAGAAGUGAAAAAAUGUGCAGAUGGGCUAAAGCUUCCUGUGGUUGGGUCUCAGAUUGUGGGGCUGAUUCCACUCCAAGCGGUACUCUCGGCAGCCGAGUACUAUAUGAAAACAGAACAACUGUUUGUCUUGGAUGAAGAUCAGAAGGUUUCUUUGGUGAUCAACAGACUUGGCCUCAAUUCACUCGGACCAUUCACCCCAAAGGAAAAAAUUAUAGAGUUUAUGCUAAAGGAUGAGAGCAAUCCCCUUCUGGACUUAAAACUAUCUUCAUUUAUAGAGAGUGUAGGGAGCAGAACUGCUGUGCCUGGUGGUGGAUCAGUGGCAGCACUUUGUGCGUCUCUGGGUGUCGGACUUUUCAAGAUGGUUGGUUUAUUGACUUACGGAAAGAAGCAAUUUGAAGAAGUUGAUCCGAUCAUGAGGCGGUUAAUUCCACAACUUCACGAGAAGAUUCUGGAAUUGAGGAAAUACGUUGAUGCAGAUUCUGCAGCUUUCAAUAAAUAUAUGGCAGCUCUGAAAAUGCCAGAAUCAAGUGAAAAAGAAAAAGAAAGCAAAGAAAAAGCAAAAGAGGAGAGCCUUACCAACGCCAUUGGUGUUCCUAUGAAUCUGGCACGUGUAAUCAGUGAAGUGUGGCCCCUGCUGCAAGAGUUGUCUCUCUAUGGAAACAUCAACUGCUUGUCUGACCUCCAGACAGGUGUUAGAAUGCUGGAAGCUGCCACAUGGGGAGCCAACUACAAUAUCAAGAUCAACCUUAAAAAUAUCACAGAUACAGACAAACAAACCAAGAUCCUUGAAGAGAUUGAUGGUUACCAAAAAUUAGCAGAACAAGAAACAAUCAAAACACUUAGUCUGAUGGAAAAUAAAUAGUUUUACAAUUCUUUAUUUAAAUAGGAAUUGGUAUCUUUAUGUCACAUUAUAAAGUAGAAUAUUUUGAAGGUCAACUCAACUGGAAAUACUCAAGGAGGUAAUAACAUGAAAAAAUAUUGGAAAUGGAAAAAGCAAAUAGUAUUUUGAGGGUCAGACUUGCAGCAAAUUGGCAACAGAGUUAAGUUCAUUCUUGAAGCCAAUUCCUUUCACUCAGACCAUUUUUAGUUAUUCUGGAGAACAUUCUUUUCAACUCUAGGCACAAGGCCCAACAUUUUGGGGGAGGGGAGGCAGUAGAUCGAUCCCAGUACACAACUGGUACUUAAUUUAUCGACUCCAAAAGAUGAAAGGCAAAAUCGACCUCAGUGGAAUUUGAACUCAGAACGUAAAGACAGACGAAAUACCACUAAGCAUUUCACUUGGCGUGCUAACGUUUCUGCCAGCUUGCCUAUUCUUGAGAACAUUACACAAUCUCUUUAUGCUACAAAUCUGUUGAACCAGUGAUAGAGAGUCUCUGCAUGAUCACUUGAUCGGUUAAAAACGACAGCCAAAUCUCCUUGAUCAAAGAUCUGUUUCACCAGAGUUGUUUCAAGGCUGAACAUCAACCAGGCAUAUCUCAGUAAGAAGCAAAUAGUCUCUAACUCCAGAUUCUCUGCUAAAUCUCACUGACUCUUUGUGUCAUUCCAACAGGCUUCAGUCACCAAGAAUCUUCCUGCUCCAUACACAACUCAUCGGCACACACCAGCCAGUUAGUCAGAGCAUCAUCUCUCUCCCCCCUUUGGUUUCUUCUUCCUUUCAGUUCCCUGGUCUUCACCAAAUGUUCAAAGCUGUUUUCUUCUCAUAUGAUGUCCAAUGAACUAAACCUGUUGUUUCUUCAUGUUGUUAAGAAGCUUCGUGGUGAUUUAACAUUCUCUGAUCUUUGUCACUCAAUCUUAGUCAACAGAAAUGUAAAAACAAGAAUAUUUUUGAAGUAAAUCUCUGAAAAUUUUUACAUUUAUUGUUCUUUGAUAUCACCAGAAGUCAUCAGAGUUUAUCCCACUUUCCAAAGCAAAAAAAACAAAAAAACUGAGAAGUAUUUUAUAAUUGCCUAAAAUGUAAGUUUAUUGCAUGGUUUUCUAUAAGAGCUUACCACUGGAAAUUAGCAAAACAUAAAUUGCACUGUAUUAACCCAGGCAACCAACUUUUAAACAGUAGUGUGAGCAAGAUGAGGUUUAAGUGUGUUGGGUAAAUAUGUAGCAGGACACCAACAAUGAGAGAUAAGCCUAACACCAAAGUAAUUCAUCCAGACACGGCUCCCUUCUUUGCAAAAUGACUGUUGGACAAACCAGUAAAUCAUUUGUUGAAUCAAGGCAAGUUAGUUAUAUGGAAAAGGUUUUAUCAAAUAGGUGGGAGCAAUACUUUAAUAGCUCAUUAUGCUUUAGUAAUUAGACAGACGAGUGAGGAUUUCUAAGCGUCUGCCAAGCACAAAUUAUAACUCCCAUGCACUAUUUGUAAACCUCCACUGCCCUUUGUGUUGUAUUGUCCUUUGUUUUUGUGCACGGACCUUGAGGCCAAUAAAGAAAGAAUUAUUAUUGUU